GUCGUUCUAUACACGAAAGGUCUAUCAGACGUCGCACUGAAGUCUGUCAGCCAUUGUCACCACCCUACGAGGAGUUAAAUUGUAGUGGCGAGUAGUUAAUCUUCUCUGUACUCGGAGAGUCUUCAAAGUACGUCCUAACAGCCUCCCCUCAGGCACUCUGGAGCUCCCUUCCCUCUAAACGGCGCUAAAGUUCACUCCGGAGAUGAAAAUAUCAGUUGUGUCCAACAAGUUGUGGUGCAUCCACAAAGAGCUGAUUAUCCUGCUCACUCCAUUGGUGUUUCUGCCUUUACUUUUUACUCUGCCGGAAAAGGAGGGAAAAUGUCUUUAUGUGGUGGUGCUGAUGGCUAUGUUUUGGUGCACAGAGGCCCUUCCACUGGCCGUCACGGCAAUGCUUCCGGUCUGCCUCUUCCCAACACUGGGAAUUCUUCCAUCCAAAACAGUCUGUCCUCAGUACUUCCUGGAAACCAAUUUUCUCUUCCUCAGCGGUCUUGUGAUGGCGUCGUCCAUCGAGGAGUGGGGCCUGCAUCGCAGAAUCGCCCUAAAGGUCCUCACUAUUGUCGGAGUAAAACCAGCCUGGCUUAUACUGGGAAUGAUGCUGACCUCAUCCUUCCUGUCCAUGUGGCUCAGCAACACCGCCACCACAGCCAUGAUGCUCCCUAUUGCUAAUGCCAUCCUAGAGAGUCUGUUUGGAGACCUGGAGACCCUGAAAAAGAAGAGCAAGUCCACAGAGGAUCCUGAGAAUGACCUAAUAAAUGGUCAGUCUACUGUAAAGCUGCAGUCACUGCCCUCAAUUCCCUCAGAAAAAUUAAUGCUGUCAAUAGAUGGGGCAGAUGAGACGGAGCAGAGUGACAUGAGGACGGCUGAGGAGAUCCAAACAGAGUCGGCGUAUCAGCUGAAGGUGUGGAAAGGAUUCUUGAUCUGUAUUCCUUAUGCAGCCAGUAUCGGAGGGACCGCCACGCUGACAGGCACCGCGCCCAACCUCAUCCUGAUUGGACAGCUGAAAAGCUACUUUCCAGACUGCGACCUCAUCAAUUUUGGCUCUUGGUUUGCAUUCGCUUUUCCGCUCAUGCUUCUCUUCCUGUUUUUGGGAUGGAUUUGGAUCGCGUUUCUCCACGGGGGAUUGAAUACACGAUUGUGCUUCACACAACACGACCGGAGAGCCAAAGCAGAGGCCAGAGCAAAGGCUCUAAUAGACGAAGAUUACAGAAAUCUAGGGCCCAUAAAUUUUGCAGAGGGAGCGAUCGCUUUCUUUUUUGUAUUGUUUGCUGUUCUGCUGUUCACAAGAGAUCCCAAAUUCGUCACUGGCUGGUCUGUGUUUUUUAAAAAAGGGUACGUCUCAGACGCAGUCACUGGUGUGAUCAUUGUGUCCGCAUUGUUCUUCUUCCCCUCGCAGAAACCUUCUCUGAGCUGGUGGUUCGACCCUCAUGCGUCAAAUACUCCUUAUGUCCCACUCUUAUCAUGGAAGAAAGCUCAGGACUCUGUUCCCUGGAAUAUCAUCCUGUUGCUCGGAGGCGGCUUCGCUAUGGCUAAAGCUUGUGAGGAGUCUGGACUGGCCUCCUGGAUCGGAGGCCACCUCCAGCCUUUGGCCGAGGUCCCUCCUGCUGCAGCUGUGAUGUUGAUCACUGCUUUCCUGGCCCUUUUCACUGAGUUCGCCAGCAACACUGCCACAAUUAUCAUAUUUCUACCCGUCAUUGCUGAACUGGCUAUUCGUGUCUCAGUGAACCCUCUGUACUUCAUGAUACCUGCAACAGUAGGAUGUUCAUAUGCCUUCAUGCUGCCAGUGUCCACACCACCCAACUCCAUCGCCUUUGCAACGGGACAUCUCAUGGUCAAAGACAUGGUGAAAACUGGCUUUGUGAUGAACAUCCUGGGUAUCCUCUCGGUCUCUCUGGCUAUGAAUACGUGGGGCGUUGCCAUGUUUGACUUGAACGUGUAUCCAGAAUGGGCUCACUCCAUCAACACGUCCGCUGUUGUUACUGAUGUGCACCUAUCACCUGUUCAGUCACUCAAUGCUACGCUCUGAUCACUCACCCAAAGAGUAUCAGAAGAUUGUGUAAAGAUCU